AUAUCUUUAUUCGAUGUACCCGAUGAACGGGAUUAAAAUACUAAUAAUAUGAUGCACCUAUAUACAUUGCAGUACGCCUACUAAAUCAUAUUUUACACGAUGUAAAACAUUAAUCGCCCAACGUUCGUUCUACGUGUACAGACGGCGACUGUAAUAUUAUACGACGGACGACGGGUGACCAUACAUACCUAUUACAAUAACAGGUACCCACAAUAAUUAUUGUUGCUGGCACCGAAAAAUAAUUUCGAACGACAUUUUCUCCGGCUUGCUAGAAAACACAAACGACUGCCGGAACCAUGGGUGCUAGGGCGUUGAUUCCGUUGUCUGUGAUUUUACUCCUCGGCGUCUAUGUGACGGAACAAGCGUAUUUUCUGGAAGAAGAUUUCAUCGAAGGGAUCAACGAAAAAGCAAAGACGUGGACGGCUGGUAUUAACUUCGAUCCGAAAACACCGAUGGAAUACAUAGUAAAACUAUUGGGAUCGAAAGGAGUGCAAGCCCCACACAAACUCGACCUUAAAAUGUACAAAUCAGAUGACGAAGCUUACGCGAACCUGUUUGGCAGAAUUCCAAGGAGGUUUGAUGCGAGGAGAGAGUGGAGACGUUGUUUCACCAUCGGACAAGUCCGAGACCAAGGCAAUUGUGGGUCGUGUUGGGCUUUUGCUACGAGUUCAGCGUUUGCCGACCGGCUGUGUAUAGCUACGAACCAGGCAUUCAAUGAACUGUUAUCCGCAGAAGAGUUGACUUUCUGCUGCCAUUUGUGUGGUUUCGGAUGUCACGGAGGUUACCCGAUUAGAGCUUGGAACUACUUCAGACGACAUGGUCUCGUGACAGGAGGAGAUUAUAUGUCGGAAGAGGGUUGUGCACCUUACCGAAUCGCGCCUUGCAAUGACGAAUAUGGGAACAACACUUGCAGGGGUAAACCAAUGGAAAAAAAUCACAGAUGCACGAGAAUGUGUUACGGAGAUCAAGAAAUCGAUUAUGACGACGACCACAGAUUCACUAGAGACUAUUACUACCUAACGUAUGGAAUUAUCCAAAAAGAAGUUAUGACUUACGGACCGAUCGAAGCGUCAAUGGAUGUGUAUGACGAUUUUCCCAGUUACAAGUCGGGUGUUUAUGAGAAAUCCGAUAAUGCUACAUACUUGGGAGGACAUGCUGUGAAGUUAAUCGGUUGGGGUGAAGAAUACGGAGUGCCAUACUGGUUGAUAGUUAACUCUUGGGGCGAAAAUUGGGGAGACAACGGUCUUUUCAAAAUUCGACGCGGGACGAAUGAAUGUAAUAUUGAUAACUCGACGACUGCUGGUAUUCCAGUGGUUUACUAAGUAAAACGAAAACAAUUAAUUAAUGUAGUUUAUAGUUAAUGGUUUAAUACAACCGCAUUAAAUUUUUUAGUUUUAUUGAAAAUAUUUUAUUAUUUUUUUUGAUUGCUCACUGUCAAUUUUAAUCAUGACGUAGAUUUUAUUUAUUUUUACCGAUUACAUUUCAAUAUUUUUGUAAGAAGAAAAAUAUUUUUUUUUUUGUUAACUAUCAAAAAUACUCUUUUACACACUAGAUAGAUAUUUUAUCAAAUAAAUCCUAAAUAAUUUUAUACGAUCAAUAAUCAAACUGUUGAAGUUGAGUUCCUGCCCUUAAAAUAGACAUAGUUCGUGAGUUCGUGAAGAUGGCACACCCGGUCUCACUAUCGGUUAUUGUUAUUAUAUAUUUCAUAUCAAAAUAUCCAAUUCAAAUGCUUGAUGACACAUACGUAAGUAGCCUAAAAACACUUACCUACAUAAGUAGCGUGAACAGCUAUAAUAAUAUUUUAUUAUCACUGUAAACGACUAUUUUAGUCAUAUUAUGAUGUUAUGACUGUACAAAUAUGCUUGAAAAAUUGAAUAAUAAAUUUAUAAUUGUUUAUUUUA